AUGGACACCACCGCGCAUCACAUUGUCGCCGUUGAGGGCGUCCAUUGCCAAAUCCCCGAAUUCGAUAUUCCAGGGCCCCAUACUCGAGCUGUUCACCGAUUGACAGCCCAAUCAGAAAUUCUCGAACGUGUCAAAGAUGCCACAAUUAUCAUCACCACCACGACCCGCUUGACAGCGGAAACCCUCAGCCCGGAGAAUACUCCCAAACUACGACUUGUAGUGAUCAUGGCAAGCGGCACAGACUGCGUCGACGUCGCCGCUGCGACAGCCCGAGGAGUCACAGUGUGCAAUUGCCCGGGCAGCAAUGUUGCCAGCGUCAGUGAGCACGCCAUUGGACUUUACUUCGCAUCUCGACGGAAGUUCGUCGAGCUUCAUAAUGCCACAGUUGCCGUGCCAUCGGAUCCGUCCCUGGAUACGGAGUGGAAGGCCCGUGGCUCAUUGCUCAGUCGGGUUCGUGCACCCGAUGGAAAAGCACCAUUGCUGUGUAGUGAUGAGACGGCUUGUAUUGUUGGAUAUGGAGCCUUGGGCAAACGUAUCGAGGCAAUGGCGAAGGGCCUCGGUAUGAAUGUUAUCAUCGCUGAGCGCAAAGGCGUAUCCCCUCGACCUGGCCGAGUCGGAUUCGAAGAGGCUCUGAAAAAGUCCACUGUAGUCAUUUUGUGCUUGCCCCGGAGCGCCGAAACCAUGAAUAUGAUCUCCACGGCCGAGUUCAAGAUGAUGUCACCUUAUGGGUUGCUGAUCAAUGUCGCCAGAGGUGGUAUUGUCGAUGAGCAAGCCCUGCUCGAUGCUCUGAAGAGUGGCACAAUCUUCGGCGCGGCAACGGAUGUCUAUACUAAAGAGCCCGCUGGUCGCGGCGACUCUCCUUUGCUUAGUCCCGAGGCAGCGGGACUGAACUUGACUUUGACUCCUCAUCUGGCGUGGUAUUCGGAAAACACACUGCAAAACCUCUCGGCCGCUGUGAAGACAACUAUUGAGAAAUGGUGUCGUGGGGAGACCAUCAAUCAAAUUCUUUAA